AAGAAUUACAAAAUAAUCUCGCAGCGGCUAUCCGGGAAAAUACGGAAUUAAACAAACUGGCUACUAAUUACCGCACUUGGUGCGAAUCUGUGUCGCACUUACAGCACGAAUUAGUUAGCAAAGAAACCAAUCUCAGUCAGCAAAUUAUUAGCGAGUGUCAUUUAGAAGGGAACGCACCUUUAACUUUACCGGAAACCAUCGCUUUAAUUAACCAGAAAAUUUCCGUCACGGCAACCAGCGAAGCCAGCAAAAUGCAAACUCUACGAGACCGCAUAACUAGUUUAGAAUCGCAAUUAAGCAAUACCCAAACGGAUUAUCAAAAGGAAAAGCAAGACAGAGAAAGACAACAAACUACUCUCACGCAAAAGCAAGCCCGAAUAACGGAGUUAGAAGCUAGUGCGGGAAAUUCAGCCGCUUUAAAUAACCAAAUCUCCACGCAACAAACCACCAUAACUAGCCAAGCAACACAACUUGCCAAUCUCCAAGCCCAAGGAGAAAAAAGUCGUAAUUGA